CUACAGUCGCCGUGUAAAUUCCAUUGCUAACCAACUUUAGCCAGCCUGCUAACAUGUAAUUCUGCGAUCACAUUGGUGGAUUUAAAGAACAUAAAUAAUGUUCUAGAGUUAUAUUAGAUAGUGAUGUUGUAUACUGCAUGUGUCUCUGUUAUUGCAAACAUGUGCAGUUAGCCCAAACUGCAGCAGUCUGAGGAAACCUUGCAGAGCUACACCCGUUUCUCCUGGGUCUGCGUUGCGGGGAUUUGAGGUUGCAUCGCCCGGAGAGAGGACACUAAACCCGGGUGUUGGGACUACCAUGAGUCCUGCAGGAUGUCCCCAUGUCAGCAGCUUCAAAGUGGAAAACUGGAAGCAGAACCUGAGGGUCAUCUAUCAGUGCUUCGUGUGGAGCGGGUCAGCUGAGACCAGAAAACGCAAGGCCAAGUCCUGUAUCUGCCACAUGUGCGGCGCCCACCUCAACAGACUCCACUCCUGCCUCUACUGCGUCUUCUUCGCCUGCUUUGCCAAAAAACACAUCCACGAACACGCCAAGAGCAAAAGGCAUAACCUAGCCAUCGACCUGCUGUACGGAGGGAUCUACUGCUUUAUGUGCCAAGACUACAUCUAUGACAAAGACAUGGAACAGAUUGCCAAAGAGGAGCAGAGGAAAGCCUGGAAAAUGCAAGGGAUCGGGGAGAAGUACUCAACGUGGGAACCCACCAAGAGGGAGCUGGAGCUGCUCCGCCACAACCCCAAGAGGAGGAGAAUCACCUCCAACUGCACUAUUGGCCUGCGAGGGCUGAUAAACCUGGGCAACACGUGCUUCAUGAACUGCAUCGUGCAGGCGCUGACGCACACGCCGCUGCUGCGCGACUUCUUCCUGUCUGACAGACACAAAUGUGAGAUGCAGAGUAACUCCUGUCUGGUGUGUGAGAUGUCGCAGCUCUUCCAGGAGUUCUACUCAGGCCAUCGGUCGCCUCACAUCCCCUUCCGUCUCCUCCACCUGGUGUGGACUCACGCCCGUCACCUGGCCGGAUACGAGCAGCAGGAUGCCCACGAGUUCCUCAUCGCUGCGCUGGACGUCCUGCACAGACACUGCAAAGACGACAACGGGAAGAAAGCCAACAACCCGAACCACUGUAACUGCAUCAUCGACCAGAUCUUCACGGGGGGGCUGCAGUCUGACGUCACCUGCCAAGUGUGCCACGGCGUCUCCACCACCAUCGACCCGUUCUGGGACAUCAGCCUGGACCUGCCGGGCUCCUCCACCCCCUUCUGGCCCCUGAGCCCCGGUGGGGACGGGUCGGCGCUGAACGGAGAGAGCCACACCUCCGGGGCCACGACGCUCACCGACUGUCUGCGCAGGUUCACUCGGCCGGAGCACCUCGGCAGCGGCGCCAAGAUCAAGUGCAGCGGUUGCCACAGUUACCAGGAGUCCACCAAGCAGCUGACCAUGAAGAAGCUUCCCAUCGUCGCCUGCUUCCACCUCAAAAGGUUCGAGCACUCGGCCAAACUGCGGAGGAAGAUCACCACGUACGUCUCCUUCCCUCUGGAGCUCGACAUGACGCCCUUCAUGGCCUCCAGUAAAGAGAGCCGGAUGAACGGGCAGUACCAGCAGACUGUGGACCCCUUCAACAACGACAACAAGUACAGUCUGUUUGCCGUGGUGAACCACCAGGGGACGCUAGAGAGCGGCCAUUACACCACCUUCAUCCGGCAGCACAAGGACCAGUGGUUCAAAUGUGACGACGCCAUCAUCACCAAGGCCAGCAUCAAGGACGUGCUGGACAGUGAGGGGUACCUUUUGUUUUAUCACAAACAGUUCCUGGAGUACGAGUAGUGUCCAGAAGAAGAGAGGAGGGAGGAAGCAGGGAUUAGUUUCAUGAAGGAAAGGUAACGGGAGUGAUGAGAGAGGCCAGGAAACCAGCCUGAAUCACUCUUAUUGUUGGAACAACUCUAACUACAUACUAACCUAGCUCCAGCGUACGACAUCCAAAAAAACCAAACACACGUGCAAAGGUGCAAGGAAUAAAACAAAUUGCAAGAGGUUUGAAGGAGCCAUCGGUACAGGAUGUUGCAUCAGACAUGUUUCACUUGAAUUUAAAGGAUGCAGCUGUGAUGGUCUGAUAGUCUUUACUUGAUUUCAGAUGUUGCAUCCUUACAUUUUCCACCUUUUCUCUGCCACGCAGAAGGGCAGAAGGUUAUUUCAAACCUUAAUUCAGCUAGCAUAGGUUUACUUGAUCACAGAUGCUGUUCGUCACCGUGUUUCAUGCUCCUUCAGCUGCAUUUUAGUGGAGUCACAGCCUUCCAGAGAGGCUCUGCUUUCAGCGAAUAUGUUGUCUUUAUUCACUUUACCUUAACCCGGCAACUUCCUGGACUCAAGCACACUUCCCCCACACACCCACACUCCUGCAGAUGACCAAAUAUAACAAGGAUGGAAGUUGUCUUAUUAUGCAUUUUCAUUUCAAAUGCAAAAAUGUUGUAUAGAGAGACAGUUAGUUCCAUUUAUCACCCGUGUCGUUGUCAGUCCGAUAGGAAACGUCCUCUAAGCCUCUCAUGCUGCGUCAGACAGUCACAGGGGAAAUGAAUUGCAUAGUGAAUAUUAUAUUUUUAUACAUACUGUAAUUGAAUUGUUUGUUUACGAGUUUGUGUUCUUUCUAAAAGCUCUCACAUCUCUUACAUUGUGCCGUCCAUUCUGUUUAUUUGUAUUACACAAGAAGUGUAGGUAGUGUCAUGAAACUGCUGCUAUGGCGGAUUUGUUUGUUUUGUUUAAUUUGUACAGAAGCCACGAGAGGCCAGUGAGAAACAGAUUGUCAGGUGGGGGAAAAAAAGGUUUUAGGAGAAUAUCUUUCUAUUUCCACUUUAAUUUAUGUUAAAAAAACAAACAUUUCCGUUACAUUUUGUGUUUUGUUGUUACACUCAUGUUGGGAACAAUGGAGCGUGAGAUGGGCCGGAGAAUCGGAGCAGCAGGAGCGGUACUGCAGUCGCUUUACCCCACCGUUGUGACGAAAAGAGAGCUGAGCCAGAAGGCAAAGCUCUCUGUCUACCGGGCCAUCUUCGUUCCUACCCUCACCUAUGGUCAUGAAGGAUGGGUCAGGACCGAAAGAACGAGAUCGCGGAUACAAGCGGCCGAAAUGGGAUUUCUCCGCAGGGUGGCUGGCAUCUCCCUUAGGGAUAAGGUGAGAAGUUCAGUCAUCCGGGAGGGACUCGGAGUAGAACCGCUGCUCCUUCGCGUUGAAAGGAGCCAGUUGAGGUGGUUCGGGCACCUAGUGAGGAUGCCACCUGGGCACCUCCCUAGGGAGGUGUUCCAGGCACGUCCAGCUGGGAAGAGACCGAGGGGUAGACCUAGGACCAGGUGGAGGGAUUCUAUCUCUUCGCUGGCCUGGGAGCGCCUUGGAAUCCCCCAGUCAGAGCUGGUUGAUGUGGCCAGGGAAAGGAAAGUUUGGGGCUCUCUGCUGGAGCUGUUACCUCCGCGACCCUGACGGAGAAGCGGGAGAAGAUGGAUGGAUGGAUGGACUCAUGUUGGCCACAAGAGGUCUCACUAGAAUAAUUUACCAAGGAACUUUUUUUAAUCUGUAAACACAUUUUUUAAACAUUUAUUAUAAGGGCAAAGUGUUUGCUGUCCCUCAUAGGAUAAACACUAUUCAUAAUUAUUUCCAGGUGACGUUUUAUUUUGUGUUUUUUGUCACUAUUUCGAAUUUUAGUUUUACUGCUAGAAAAGUUCUCCUUCAAUAUAAUUCAUUUUAUCUGACAUAACUAUUGUCCCCACCUGUUUUAAAGAUACAAAACACCAACAGAUUUAAGUGAACAACUGAGAAACAUGUACACUAUCUUUAAAAACACACCUUUUUUAUUCCUGGCUUGUCUCUCUGGGCUUCCGUAGUUUCACCUCAAAAUGUGUCCCCGUUUGUUUUCCGUAAAGAGGCGAAUCCUCCACCUUCAAGAUCCGUUGUUGUGAUGCUGUUUCAGGUAAACGGCCAAAAAAGAAACGAUGUGUAUCAGGAGUUCGAUCCUGCAGUGUUAGUCGCAUGUUGCUCUAAUCUGGUGUGUGUGUGUGUGUGUGUGUGUGUGUGUGUGUGUGUGUGUGUGUGUGUGUGUGUGUGUGUGUGUGUGUGU